AUGUAUACCGCACUACUGGUGCUAUGUCUAACGGACACUUAUCGGUGCGCUACCAUUGGUCACCCGCUGAGCAUCGAGGUCGCCAGGGCUGUUGGCGGGCGUAUUGUGGGUGGUGUGAAGGCCACUCAAGAACAGGGUAAAUACCAGUGCUCUGUACACGUUAGGGGCUGGUUCGGUGAGGCCCACAACUGCGGCUGUUCGCUGUAUGGCACGAAGUUUGUUAUCACCGCCGCUCACUGUACUAACGGUUAUAAGAACACCGAUUUGGUGAUCAAAUACGGCGGCCUGAAUGUGGACACUCUACCCAUCAAAUCGGAAGUGGCCGAAAUCAGACAACACGAGUCGUACGACAAACCGAUUAGGAUUGACUACGAUUACGCUGUGAUCGUAUUGGCCGACAACAUACAGACUACUCCCGGCAAAGUCGAGACCAUACAACUGGUAGACACGGAGCCGGCCGACGGGGCCGAAGCGCACGCCACCGGUUGGGGCCGUUUGGUUGGCACCGAUAAAAACUCGGGCGCCAAAGAGCUACAGUACCAAAAGUUUCAGAUAGUUUCCUAUGACUCAUGUGUCAAAGCGUACGCUCCCUAUCCCAACAUCGAUAUUAGCCGACAAAUGAUCUGUGCCAAACACCAGACAUCAUCUACGUGCAAUGGUGAUUCUGGUGGUCCGUUAAUUGUUGGUGGUAAACUGGCUGGCAUAGUAUCAUGGGUGAUUACUGAUUGCCCGUCCAAUACGGUUUCCUAUCCAAGUGGUUACGCCAAUGUGUUCAUUGGUCGCGAUUGGCUUUUGUCAAAGUUGAAAUAA